CUGGGGUGGGGGUGCGGCUCCACGUCCUCCCUGUGUCCCCAAGCUGGACCUGCCUCAUUCCUCCCCCCUCAGGAAAGGUUGGGGUUCUCCCCCUGCCAUUGUGCCCCCCCCUUUCACCCCCCCCCCCUGUUGAGGGGGGUGAGCAGCACCCAGCACCGGGGAGGGGCAGAAGGCGGAAGAAAAGGUUGGGAUAAAGCCAGGACGGAUCUGGCACCUCCCCAUGGUGGGGGGGGGCAGUGGGAUCUGCCCUGGGAACCGGCUGUUUGGGGUCCCCAGGACCCCUCUUAAGGCCGGUGUUGGGUUUUGGGGUGUUCCUCAAGUGUAUGGGGGGGGACACACCGUCCCCCCGCCUCUCCCCGGCUCAUGGGGCAGGGCAACCUCGGUGGGUGUGACGGUGACAAACGUCUUCCUCGAUCUCGGCUGCGCCUGGAGCCGAGCGGUGUCUCGGUGAGCUCCCGCUGCCAGCACCUCGGGGUGCAGGGACGCUGCGACGGGCACCGCCAUGGCGGGGGACACCGAGGGGCGUCCCCCCCUGGACUGCGUCAUUUGCUUCGCCCCUUACGACCGUCUCUUCAAGGUGCCCAAACUUUUGGGGUGCGGUCACACCUUCUGCCUCGAGUGCCUGGCCAAAGUCACCGUGGUGGCCUCCGACGCCCCCACCUUGCCCUGUCCUGUCUGUCGCCGUCCCACGGCGUUACCGCGCCGCCGCGGACCCCCGGCUUUGCCCACCUGCCUCGAUCUCUUGGCUCUCCUGCCCCCUGGCCCCACCGGUUCCGUCCGCUUCAGCCGUCCCAAGGGGUUGCUCUACGUCUCCCCCGGACACCCCAAAUCCCCCGAACAGGUCCCCACCGUGACCCUCAGCCUGGAAUUGGGACGACCGGACCCCCCCGACCCCCCCAGCUGGGGUUGGUCGUGGACCUCCGGCCGGCGGUCUCUUUACCGAGCGGUGGCCUUGACGGUGGCCUUGACAGUGGGAGGGGGCUUGGUUCUCUGCGGAGUCUUCCUCUUCUUCCUCCAGCCUGUGGCGUGCAGUGAGGGGGGGGCGGUGACGAACAACACCUGGGGAGAGCCAGGCUUGCCCCCAUAUUAAGGGGGGGCCCCCCCUCAUGUCAGGGACCCCCCAAAGCAUCUUGGUGGCCCAUGGACAAGUGCCCUUGCACACCCAUGGC